AUGGCAAACAACGCAAGUCUCAAGCCUGUCAAAGACUUGAAACCAUUUAAGACUAAAUGGCGAUCUCAAGUGAAAGUGCUACAUUCAUGGCUGCAAAACACUGGUUCUGGUGGGGAGACUCUUCAAAUGGUUCUGACCGAUGAACAAGGUGAGAAGAUUAGUGCUACGUGCAAAAGAAAUCACAUUUUGAGUGUCCAGCGAAAACUACCCCUGGGAAAAUGGUGUGUUCUCACAACGUUUUCCGUUUCGCAAGCAUCAGGCCAAUAUCGGCCAACAAGCCAUCCAUACAAGAUAAUGAUCAGUGACGAAACUGUGAUAACAAAUUCUGACCUAAUUCAAGAUAGCAUCUUCCUGUCUCUUGCCAGAUACGAAGACAUCAUUGAUGGGAACUUUAAGACCAACUUCCUUAUUGGUAAUACCUUUAUGUCAAUAUGUUAUGGGAAAAUUGUAAGGCUUGAACCAGUUCAAACCGUCCAAGUUAAAGGACAGGACCGGAAAAAAGUUCAAUUUCGUUUGGUUGAUGCAAAUGGUAAGGACCUUGCAUGUUGUUUAUGGGGAAAAUAUGCAGAGCAAUUGGAGGCUUAUGUUGAAUGUGAACAACCACUGAUCUAUUUGAUCAGGUUCGCCAAAAUCAGUUUUUACAGAGGUGAGGUGAAAAUCACAAAUGCUUUUGAUGCAUCCAUUGUUUAUCUUGAUCCAACUAUGGAGGAAGCAUUACAGUUCAAGGAGAAGCUGGGGGAAGAUGAGCUUCCUCUUGCUGUUAUUGAGAAGAAAAAUGGUUGCAAACAUCGUGCCAUAAAACUUGCAUCAAACCAUGACGACAACCAACUUUGGCGUUGUGAGAAGCGCCAAGUUAAAAUCACAGAAGUGAUACCUGUGUUCAAGCUUCAUUUGAUUGUGAGGGAUGACACAGAAACAUGUAAGUUGAUGUUGCUGAACACUGUUGCUAAGACCAUUGUUGGACGUGAAGUUGUUGAUCUGUGGGAUGGCUCCUAUGAUGAGAUUGAAGAUCCAGAGCUCCUACCAGAACCUAUCAGAGCUUAA